AGAAUGAGAGUGAGGAAGAGUUUGGAGUAUAAGAAAGCGUCUUAAAGAGAUUUCUCCAACUAAUUCUUCAUAUUUUAUAAUCUUUAGGUUGCCCAAACAAAUGACUUGUUAUUGAGUCUUUUGUCUCCUUCAACCUCAUUUCUCUCUCUUUCUCCCAUACCUCUUCAUCACCUUCUCUUCUCCUCCUUUUCUUUCUCUUCACUCCAUAUCCAUAGCUGCUCUUCUGUCUCUUUUCAUUCCAACCCAAAAAUGAUUUUCUAUUCCACCACCUAGUAGAUCACUUUUUUUUUCUUCUUUCUAUAUGUCUAUUAUCUAUUAUAUACUGCACACACUCACAUCACAAACACCAAUAAACAAAACAAAAACAAGGUGAACAACAACACAGUGUUCUUAGACCAAAAAAAAAUUAUAUUUAUUUAUUUACUAUAGUCUUUCUUUCUCUAUAGUAAAUAAAAAUAACUUUCCUUGUUUUCUCUUUCUGUUUCAUUUUGUUUUGUUUUGUUUUUCUCUUAUAAUAUAAAUUAAACUUUUUUUAAUUUAUAUAUCUAUAUAUUUUCUCUCUCUAUUUCCUUGAUGGCUGGUUUGGAUUUAGGAAGUGCAUCGCGCUUUAUGCAAAACCUUCACAGACAAGACUUGCACCUUCAGCAGCAACAUCAGCAACACCAUCACGAUUCCGAAGAGCAAGAAUCGAAUCGAGUUGGUGGCGGCGUUGGUGGUGGUGCAGCACCGUUUUCAUCCAACGACGAAGAUGACCGAAGCCAAGGCUUGGAGUUAGGUUCGGCUGCGGGUCCAGGUGACGUAGUCGGACGUCGUCCACGUGGCAGACCGCCAGGCUCGAAAAACAAGGCGAAACCUCCGGUGAUUAUCACGAGAGAAAGCGCCAACACUCUCAGAGCUCAUAUUCUUGAAGUUGCUAGCGGUUCUGAUGUUUUCGAAUGUGUUACGAACUACGCUCGCCGCCGUCAGCGUGGGAUCUGUGUUUUAAGCGGAACUGGCACGGUUACGAAUGUUAGUCUCAGGCAGCCGGCGGCGGCUGGUGGUGCUGUGACUCUUCAUGGAAGAUUUGAGAUAUUGUCUUUGUCUGGAUCUUUUCUGCCACCGCCGGCUCCUCCUGGAGCGACUAGUUUGACGAUUUAUCUUGCAGGAGGUCAGGGACAGGUGGUCGGAGGAAGUGUGGUUGGUGAACUCAUUGCGGCGGGACCGGUGAUUGUGAUUGCUGCUUCGUUUACUAAUGUGGCUUAUGAGAGGUUGCCUUUGGAUGAUGAGGAACAGGUUCAGAUGCAGACAGUGGCGGGAGGUGGUGGUUCUCAAGGCUCUGGUAGUGGUGGUGCUGGUGGCGUUGGUGGCGUUGGUGGUGGGAAUACUAGUCCAUUUCCUGAUCCAUCUUCUGGUUUGCCGUUUUUCAAUCUGCCUUUGAAUAUGCAGAAUGUUCAGUUGCCUGUUGACGGUGGUGGUUGGGCGGGAAACAACUCCGCUUCACGUCAACCUUUUUGAGGAUUUAGAAUUUAUCAAUUCAAUGAAUAAUGUUUUGUUGAUGAUGAUGAGAAUGAUGAUGAAGUUGGAACUUGGAAGUGAUUAUUUUGAAGGUCAGUGUUAAUUUAUGGAAGAAGAUGGUGAUUUAGUAGUGGAUUUUGAGUCAUGUUAUUUACUUGUUUUAGCACAGUCUCAUUGAUUUUUCAAUUGGAUAAUCUUUGGGAUUUUACUUUCCUUGUUAAUUGUUAGUAUUAUUAUUAUUAUUACUAUUAUUAUUAUAUGGAUUAUGAUAUAUAUGAACAUGACUAUUUUAUA